AUGAGCACGGGGGAUUUCUUAACCAAAGGUAUUGAGUUAAUCCAGAAGGCUAUUGACUUCGACACUGCUACGCAGUACGAAGAAGCGUAUACUGCUUAUUACAAUGGUCUCGACUAUUUGAUGCUGGCAUUGAAGUACGAGAAGAAUCCAAAAUCCAAGGAUCUGAUUAGAGCUAAAUUUACCGAGUAUUUGAAUAGAGCUGAACAAUUGAAGCAACAUCUAGAGACAGAAGAGGAGAAUAAAAAGAAUGGUUCUAAAAAUGCAUCUCCAAGUAGAAAAGUUACAAGUGAUGAGGAUUCAGAGGAUUCGAAGAAAUUGAGAGGCGCGUUGUCCGGAGCUAUUUUAACUGAAAAGCCAAACGUACGGUGGGAAGAUAUUGCUGGUUUAGAUUCUGCCAAAGAAGCAUUGAAAGAAGCUGUGAUUUUACCUGUGAAAUUCCCCCAUCUCUUUAGAGGUAAUAGGAAACCCACAUCGGGGAUCUUGUUAUAUGGACCACCAGGUACAGGUAAAUCUUACUUAGCUAAGGCGGUGGCCACAGAAGCAAACUCUACGUUCUUUAGUAUAUCUUCCAGUGAUUUGGUCUCCAAAUGGAUGGGUGAAUCAGAAAGAUUGGUUAAGCAACUAUUUGCGAUGGCUAGAGAGAAUAAGCCCUCGAUCAUCUUUAUCGACGAAGUUGAUGCACUAAUGGGUCAAAGAGGUGAAGGUGAAAGUGAAGCAAGUAGAAGAAUCAAGACGGAAUUAUUGGUGCAGAUGAACGGAGUGGGGACAGAUUCUGAUGGUGUUUUAGUAUUGGGUGCUACUAACAUUCCAUGGCAAUUGGAUAGUGCCAUUAGGAGAAGAUUUGAAAAAAGAAUAUAUAUCCCACUGCCAGAUCAAAGUGCUAGAACUAGAAUGUUUGAAAUUGACGUUGGUGAGACACCAUGCUCAUUAACCAAGGAAGAAUUUAGACAGCUGGGUGAGUUGACAGAAGGUUAUUCAGGUAGUGAUGUUGCCGUUGCCGUUAAGGAUGCGCUCAUGGAACCAGUUAGAAGGAUUCAGAGUGCUACCCAUUUCAAAAAUGUUUCCACAGUGGAAGGUCAAAGGAGAUUAACGCCUUGUUCACCAGGUGAUAAGGGCGCAAUUGAAUUGAAUUGGGUUGAUAUCGAAGCUGAUGAAUUACAAGAGCCAGAAUUAACCAUUAAGGAUUUCCUCAAGGCAGUGAAGAUUACGAGACCAACGGUAAAUGAAGAAGACAUAAAAAGGCAACUAGAGUUCACUCGUGAUUUCGGACAAGAGGGAAAUUGA